GACGGAAGCUAGCAGGAGCUAGUAGUGAACUACAUGAAACCAAAAGCCGAAAAGAAAUAACUUUGUCUUGAAUUUGAAUUGCCUGAAUUGGAAAUACUUAAGUGUCUUAAUUAUUGGCUUGAUGCGUUGAUUAUCAAUAAUUUGCCUUACAUUUACUUAGGUAUCUAGGUAAUUAUUCUUAUAGUAUUCGUAUUAUUAUUAAUUAGUUACUAAAGUGUCUAAAGUUAAGUAAGUAUUACUAAUGACUAAUACCACUACUACUAUUAGUAUUAGUAUUAGUAGUAUUAGAAUUAGACUGACCAACCUAUUUAAUACUUACGACACGACUUACUUACAUCUUAAUAGUAACUAAUUAGUAUUAUAUAAGUAGUAAUUUUAAGUAGUUUACCUAGCCUAUACUGUAUACUAUAUUCUCAGCUGCCAAGUCUGGCUAGGCAAAUCUACUCCUAGUCAGCCCAAUCCCCUGUCCAAGAACUAGUUGCUACUAUUACUAUUAUUAAUAUAAUAUUAUAAUAUAAUAUUAACUACUGGUAUAGAUGUGAUACAGUAAUUCGGUAAUAUUAACUAGUAUUUCAUACGAAAUAAUUUGGGACCGGACUUCGGAGGAUUGCCAAAAUUAGAAUUAUUGAUAGUAAUUUGUUGUUUGUAGGCAAGAAAAGUUUGAAUCAGACCAGUGAUGACAGUGUAAUUCUUGUUCAAGAAGUUUUCUGAUCCUCAAAUGUUCAACUUCUUCAGGUUGCUAACAGUAGCCUAGAUCAUAUGAAAUGUAUUUAAGGAAACUGAAACCCAAUAUUGGUAGACGCAGGCUAUCUAAAUUUAGAAAUUGAGCAAGGUUUCGUUGAGACCAUUCUUUAAUGGUUGCGGCUAUUCGGACCUGGUAUCAGAAGUGAGAGGUUGGGUUUAUUAAAAAAUAUUAAAAAUAUUAUUGUUGGGUUUGUAAGGUAAACUUUGGUAUUGAAUGAAAGAUAAUUGAAUGGACUAUAUGUUUUUAAACCUAAUUCUUCAGUUUAAUGGGACCCGGGUCAGGGUCCGAAUAGUGGCGAUGCGUAUCCCGUUCCAUUUUGACUAAAUGCUAUUCGGCUGUCAUUUGUGGUAGUUUAUUUUAGUUUAACUGAAGAAUUAAGUUUACAAACACAUAUUUAUUUUAUAGUCCAUUCAAUUAUCUUUUAUUCGAUACCAAAUUUUAUCUCACGAACCCAACAAUAAUCUUUUAAACAUUUUUUAAUCUCAACCUCUCACUUCUGGUAGCCGGGUCCAAAUAGCCACUUUGUUCUUUUAUAGUUUUACAGUGUUGUAGGGUGGUAAAUACUUUGAGCAGUAAACUAUUAUUACAGAUCAGUUUGUGUGAUUUUUUUUUUCCGCCGGGACGGGGAUAAAUAAUGUGGUCAACUUAAUAACUUUUUCUAUUAGCAUGAAAAGUCUUUCCCUUCAUUAAUUUAAAUACAAGAACCAUUUCUGUAUUACUACAGCUAGCAUAAUUAACUAAAGAAUAUGUUUAAUGACAUCAGAAUUGCUAGUACAUUCAUCACCUGAGUCAAUUUUUAGCAAAAUUGUGAUUGACGCAGUGUAAAAAAAGCAAAAAUCGUACCAAAAUCUGACUUAACUUAAAUAAGUAUAUGCUUUUUUUUUUUUUUUAAGUUGCACUCUGUCCCAAUGUAUACAUGUUAAAAUUUAUGUGCAGUGGAUCAGUGGAAGGGAGAUUAUUUAUAAAAAUGAAGCCUAUUAUGCAAUUCAAACAUUGAUACUUAAAGGAUGAAAAAAUUUAUAAAUUAUACUUUUUUCUAAUUUUUAAUUGGUCUAUUUUUCUGUACUGUUUUUCUUGCUGUUGAACAUUUUUAAUGGACUUUCUUUUACAGGUUUUUAUCCUAACAGUGCCAAAAGGCUGGCAUGUAUGAUGUGUUUGUUUGUGUGUAGUGGGUCUUUAUAAAACAUAAAUAAAUAUAUGGUAUGGUGGAAUAUUUGGAAUCUAUCGUUGUUCAUACUUUCUUUUAACGUGUUUUUUUAAAACUCUUUUGUCCACUAUUCAUAAAAUACAGCCAGUUGCGGAUUUAUCUAGUGGCUUGGCUCUGUUGCUACUCCAUUAGACUUCAUAGAACUAUUUUCAUACAGCGGUACAUUUUUUUUGAAGGACAAAAAAAGAUUUACAUUUGAUUUAAUCAAGAUUUAUGGUUUGGAGAGCUAUCAGAUUAUAAAUUAUGUUACAAAAACUAAGUCAAAGAUAGGAAAUGGAAUCUCCUGCUUUUUGCCAGAUCUGCAAUUAUUUUGCUAUUGGGAGAACUGUUGACUAAUUCUUAGUUUGUUUCUCUUAAUUUUUCUGUCUACUUUCAAUCAGAUAGUAAUGUUCAUAUGAGCUUAAAAUGUUCAACCAACUUACAUUUAGACCUGAUUUUGAUGUUUUAAUAAUCAUGUUUAUGUGAAAUUUUCUUUUCCAGAAGUAUAACACCAUGUCUGAUGACGAUAUGCCUGAAAUUUCAUCAACAGAAAUAGCACGCCAGGGUGUUAGAAAAAUUACUAUAGAUCCUCGUACUGGAAAUCCUGUUCCAUCCUUCACUGGUAAAAUAAAAAUAAUAAAUUGAUUAUUAUUAUUCUUUAAUUUAGUUAUUGGUGGAAUUAAUACAUGUUGAUUAGUCAUUCACUUGUCUUUUGGUUUUUAAAUAUGUUGUCCCUGCAGGUUUUCUUUUUAAGGAAACUUCUCAUAUUUCCUAUUUCCUAAAAAUGAUGUGGGAUCUUUUCUAUUUCUCGGGUUCAGAUCCUAAUAAUAUUUGCAUCUUUUUAUUUCGAAGAUAAAGAUAUAACAUUGUUCCUUUGUUGACCUUGUCAAACACCAUAUAGAUUCUAUUGGUUUAACUCAUCAGAUUCUUCACACGUCGUUAUACACCGAAUUAAAAACACAAGUCCUUUUCCAUUAGAAAUGAAACUUUAAAUGUAUAAAUAUAUCUAACAGGCUGUACAUUUAAUUAAAGACAUAUUUAACACAUGUUAAAAAUAUUCAACUCAAAUGUUAAGGCACUUCUUCUCUGUGGCUGUGAAACUUUGAGAACAAAAAAACUGUAGACUUUUAUAAACAGAUGCUUAUGAAGGAUCCUCAAAAUAACAUGGUUUGACAAAAUUUGUAGCAAUGUCCUUGAGAGCGAACAUCAAGUUUUGCAGUGGAAACGGAGAUACGAAAGAGAAAAUAGAGAUAGAUAGGGUACACGUUAAGGAAACCAAACAGUAACAUCACAAGACAGCCGUGAAUUGGAAUUCUCAAAGUAUCAAGAAAAGAGGAAGACCAAGAGGGGAUUAGAGGCACAGGUGAAGAAAAGUUGGGUUGAACUAGCAAAGAUAGCCCAAGACAGGGACAGGUGGAAAAGUAUUGUGUAUGGCUCAUGCUCCAUUGGGAGUGAGAAAGGCUAAGAAGAAGAAGAAGAUAGUGCAGCUUGCUGUAAGAGAGAAUAAUACACAAUCAUCUGCUAACAAGGAUUUUCGACAACUGCUGACAACUGUUGACGAAUAAGCAUGUACACCAAAGACAGACUAGACAAUACAUCAUAAUUAUCAUAAAAUAUUCACCCAUUAAAAUGCGGGAACUAGUAACUAACUCUCUCCAAACACACCGCAUACAAUAAAACACAUUAUUGUGAGCAACAAUUAUUAGUGAACUCCCAUAUUCAACAUACCUUAUUUAAAAAAUUAUGAAGCUAAGCCACCACCACUUUUCUCAUUACUUUGGCCUUGAUAUUGACAGUACCAUAUAAAUGUGCUCUACCAUCCCUUACCCACUCCACCCUUGGUUGUAAAAGGUUGUUUACGUUUGAACGCAUUCUAUUUAUUCUAAAUAAUGCCAUUAGGUGACGCAAUUUUUAGAAUUUCUGUACUAGAUCGUUCUGAUUUGGUACCUGUAUAUAGGGUGCCUGGUUCUUAACAGAUAGACAGAAGGAGAUUGAUAGAGAGAGUGCAAGGGAAAUAUUUUUGCUAAACAAGACGUUAUAUUAUUUUGUGUGUGUAAAUUAAUAUUUGUAUUUUGAGUAUUAUUUUGAGGAGUGUACCUUUUUCACUUGCUGUUUAAGUUGAUCAAGCUUUUUUAGUUUCUGUAUUUGAAUUAGUAUAGAAAUUUAUUUGUAUAAUAACAUUAAAUAUUGUCAGUACUGGUAUCACAAGCUUUGGUACAGUUUUCUUUGCAUAAUAUUUUUCUCAGUCCAUUGUUAGGGUGCAUAUUUUUUUAUUAUACGAGCCAAAUCUCAACACAAAUUAAAUCUUCAAAUCCAUAACGGUGUGUAACAGGAGGCAAUGGAAAUUUUUAAGUAUGACAUAAAUUGAAAUUUAUUUUGAUAUAUGCAGCAAUAGACUGGAAAAUGUUUAAGCACAUAAGAUUAAUAAGUUUUUUUGCAAAACAAUUUUUUGAAAGCAUAUUUUUCCUAACAUCUUUUAUUGCUACCUCUUUUGUAUUGUUAUACAUCAUAUACUUUCUUUGUAAUAAAUAACACAUUUUGCUCCCUUAUAUUCCUUACGUUAGCUGAGACCAGGUUUACUAAGGUCAAUAUACAGAAUGCCCAAAAUGUAGUGAACAGAGGAACCCUGAACGUGACUGUAGAUAAAAGUGGUGCUAGGAAGAAAAAGGCUGUACUAAACAAGAAACCAGUCACAGGUAAAACUUUUGAUCAGAUGAAAUAAUAAACAUAAUUUUGGGAAGAAGUAGGCCAGAGAGGAAUCUUUCACAUUCCAGUUUUUGAUUUUCAUCUGUGAAAUCUUUUUAUUAUUACACUUUCAAGAUUUUCAAUUUUUGCAGCUGUCUAAGAAUUUCACACUCUUAUACAUGCUAGCCGAUGUACUUAAAAUACUUUUUUUUUUUAUAUAUAUAUAUAUUGUGUCAAUUUAAAUUGUAUAAACUUCCUUUCUUUAAACAGUCACACAAGAACAAUACUGGUAACAAUCAAUUUUAUUUAUUUUUGGCAGAAUCAGGUAGUCGACCAACACAAAAUCAACUAAUGGACAUAAAAGACAGGGUUGGAGCUGACUGGAAAGAUAUGGGGCGCCGUCUAGAAUUUGAUGAUGCUGUUUUGGAACAAAUUCAGCUGGAAAAUCAUCCUCUUCCCCUCGGUGAAACAAUCUAUCAAAUUUUACGUAAAUGGCUGCAACGCGAGAAUGAAAGAGCAACCCGUAAACGUUUAGCAGCAGUAUUUAUGAAAUUAGAGCGAGGUGAUUUGGCUGACCUUCUUGCUGAUGAUACAGAUGAUUGAUGAUAUUAAAUAGGUGUGGAGAGAUAGUGGGGAUUAAAAUUGUCUAAAAUAUACAUUAACAGAUGUAAGCAAAAUCUUGAGCAACUUGUGAAUUAAUGGUCAACUGAUGUCUAUGUACCUCCUGGAGUCAAAAUACAAGAAGCACUGGUCAGAACAAUUGAACAUAUGUUUUUGUAAGCUGUUGUUAAGAAAAUCAAGUUAUCAAGGGAUUGUUGGGUAUAUAACUUUACUAAGUGGAAAGCUGUUCCCAUUUUGAAAUGGCUAUGCAAUUAUUAGGAAAAUUUAAAACAAUUUUAACCAUGGAGUAAAGUUACAAUUGAUGUACCAGUAGUCUUCAAGUUGCUGAAAUAAAUAAAAAUGGUUGUUUGUUAAAAAGUGAUUUGCAUAUAUUUCUUUUUCAUGAAAUUUUCUUAAAGAGUUGUUUGUGUUAUAAAUUAUUUUAAGUACUGGGUACAGAUAGUGAAACAUUUUAGUUUAAAAUAGAUUAUUUCAAUCAAAUUUUUUUGUUUUGUGUAGUUUAAAUAGUUUUGUUCAAUGCUUCCUUUUCUGCAUGUUUUUCAUAAAUAUUUGGUGGGAAUUAGCUAACAUUUCUGGAGCAACAUAAUAAUAACUAGAAAACCUGACAAACAUAGGAGACCGCAAUGCGAGAACUUCCUAUCUUUUAAAGUUACUGACAAAACAUGCUGUUUAUUUUGAUCGCCUAUUGAACACAGCCAUACAUUCAAUAAUAUCAAUAAGUUAGUCUUUUUAACCCUUUCUGUCACAACGGGGUGUAAUACACCAAGAAACAGACUUUGAUUGCUGAUUUCUCGAGUCUCCUUUUAAUAAUCUUUCUCAUAGUCUACCUAAUCCACAAGGUAGUAGAAAUGAAAACCUGGGUUGCAUUGUAUAAUGCAUGCGAAAGUGACUUAUUUUUUGGGGCCUCAACUUUUUUUCUACAAUCCGUAGCAACUGUGUGUAACACACCCAAACUGUGUAUAACACACCCAUGCAUAAUUAAAUAGAAGAAAAAAGCCUCUAAAACUGGCUUGGGAACAUUUUUUAUUGGUUUUUGUUUGUUAAUUAUUUGAGUCUGUGUAAUCCAUAAAAUAGAUUUUAAAUUUUGACAAUAAAUAAAUAUUCUGAAUGGAUUUGGGUCCCCGGGGUACCAACAAUAAUAACAUCUGUUCAACUUGACAAUCCAUUUCAAAGUAGACCUGUCACAUGUACACAUGGAAAAUAGGGGCUUUACAGCUCAGCGUGCACAGUUUUUACAUAAAAGAACAGAAUGUUCUUUGCAAAUAUGUCUGAUUAAUUUGCUGAGUUGAAGUGGUUUGGGCAGCUGUUUGGAGUGUUUGUAAAGAUUUCAAAACACUGGUGAUGAUCUGCCUCACAAUAUCUUUAUGCAUUGGGACGAAUCGCCUCUAUUUGCUGAGGGGUGAGGAAAUGUGCAAUGUCAAUAUUGAAUGUUUGUUGUCUUUAAGUCUUCAUGAGACAGUGAGUUAGUCGCAUAUUUAUAUUUAAAUCUCACCCUUGCUAUAACUGAUUGAUGCUAAGUCAACAAUGUUGAAAAACACAACCAAAAGCCAUCUUCUACUUUUAGUUUUUUGUAUUCACAGAGAAAACCUUCGCCAUUUGGUCCAUGGCAAAUGUGCCUCCUUUGAUUUUGUUGCUAUAGAGCACAAUCACUGGUUUCUUGCAUUCACUUUCACUUUCUAUAUAUGGACGAUUGUGUAUUGUGUUCAGGAGCAAUACAAUUUGCUGCUUGGAGCUCUGGUAUUUGACAAUGUUGUUUCUACAUAAUCUAGUCUGAAAAAAACCCACUAAUUUGUUGAGGGGCAGAGCCUUCUUUUGCUCUAACCCCUUGGUUAGGAACAUCUUGUUCUGUUUCACUGUUCUUCUGUCGGGUUAGUCUGUUCUCGGCCAAUGGUUCUGCAAGUUGUAAGGGAAUGAAAUAAUAGUCUGUUCUGAAAGUGCGGCCACUUCCAAUCCAUGGAAGUCCGUCGUGAGAGAAAUCAUAGUCUCUGGGGAUAUGCCAAAAUUUAUCUUUGCUAGCAGGGCACUUGCAUUUUCUUUGUCGAGAUAUUGGCAGCCUCUAAGAGAAUAGUUUGAAGACGAUUCGCAGGCCCAGAAGAUUGUUUGCCAUAUUUGUCUGGCUUGCUUGGCAUACACUGAAUAAAUCUGCACCGACCUCUUUAAAAUGAAACUUGUCCCCUGGUCUUGUCACCAGGCGCCAAACACUCUAGCUACGCCUCUGGAUAUAAGACCAUGGGUGUAACCCACUCAGUUGCUAGGAAUAGCCAGAAACACUUUUUCCCAUUAUAAUAAGUGUACGCGUGUGCCACACCCAGUCGUGACGGACAGGGUAUACAACAUGUUGCGACGGAGAGGGUUAAAAUGAUGAACAAUAGUAUAAUUUUUUUCUAUUAACAAAUGUGGAGCAUUUAUUUCCUUAAAUUUAAGAACGCUAAUAUUAAUAUUUGUCUGGGACAUUUUUCUGUCAUUUAAAUUAUUAAUACCAGAUAAUAGUUAAUAGCACAGAAUAUGUUCCCUAGGAACAGUGGUGUUGUGGUUAGAAACAAUAAAAUAAAUGUACUCAAUAAGUACUAGUGUUUCACAAAUGUUUUUUUACUAGAAGCCCACUUUUCUUAUUUAAAACUCAAUGACCUGUGACUACCCUCUCCCCACUUCCACUCUUCACAACUACCGGUAACAUUUAAAAAAAAAAUUAAUCAGAAUUUCUUUUACAAAGAAAAAAAAAAUCUAGCAAUCCAUCAGCUGGGAAUCACUGUGCUUUUUAUCAAGCAACCUAUCAGCUGGGAACUGAAUUACUGAACUGAACAUCAGUAAUUUAUUUUAACUGACUCAGAAUGGUAUACAAGAAAUGCCACAUAUUUAUUGAUAUAUUUAUUUUAAAAAAUAACAUU